AAAAACCCUUGCCCACCCCAAUCCAAGACCCUGUCCCUCCCCAGCCCCAGGUCCAACCCCUGUCCUGCCCUUGCCAGCUCCCCAGCUCCACAUCCGAGCAGUCAACCCUCAAUCAGCACUCCCUACCUCGAACUCCGACCAGCCAUCCCCAGCCUCCCAAACCAGCCCCCGCCCGAGCCCCAGCCUCCUCGCAACCCCCCUCUCAGCCUCAUAGCCAUCAUCACCAGCCAAGCUGCCGGCGAGAUGCUAUAGAUCAAACGGAGCACGGCCAGAUCUAGAUCUUUGCCAGAGACGUAGAGAUGAAACGACAGUAAGGCAGAGCGACGGCUUUUACGACAAGGCGGAGCGGUGGCUUCGACGGCAAGGCGAAGCGGCGACGAGGCGGAGCAUCUUCGAGGCAGGACGAUCGACCUCCGGUGUUGCUUUCUCUCCUUAAUUUUGUAUAAUUUUGGACCCAGAAACCUCUCCUCGUUGAAACUUCAAACCAUAUAUGUGGGGGUGGGGGUACUGCCUACCCGCCAUUCCCCUGCCCCUCCUUUACUCAAGUUUCUGUCCUUGAUGACUCGGAGCCGCCUGAACCACAGCUCCAGAUCUUCUGGCCCUCCUAAUCCGGAUCACUUGACCCAUUCUCCCAGGCCCACCUACUCUUCAUCCUCAUCUACUCGCAAGUCAACUACCUCCCGAGCUAACCCGCUCAAAGCCGUCGCUCGGACGGUCGCCGGAGCUUUUGCACCUUGUUUCCCUCAUCCAGAUUCAAAAGACCCGACCCAGUUUGAUGAUUCCAUCUCCUCCAAAGCCAAAGCCACCUCUGGUAUUGGCACUGGAAGUGAGAGGACACAUAAUUCAGAUCAGAAUAUUUGUAAGAAUCUUAACAAAUUAACCCACGUGGAGCAGCCCGUUGGUGUGAAAUUUACCAUAGAAGAAAUUAAUAAGGCUACAAAGAACUUUUCGUUGAACCUAAAAGUUGGACAAGGCGGUUUUGGGACUGUCUACAAGGGCCGUCUUGCAAAUGGAACUGUUGUUGCAGUCAAGCGUGCCAAGAAGUUUGUUUAUGAUAAGUAUUUAGAAAAUGAAUUUCAAAGUGAGGUCCAAACCCUGGCAAAAGUAGAGCAUCUGAAUUUGGUCAAAUUUUAUGGUUUCUUGGAGCAUGGGGAAGAAAGGAUCGUUGUUGUUGAGUAUGUUUCAAAUGGCACUUUGAGGGAACACUUGGACUGUAACAAUGGAAGGGAUGUUCUACAUCUUGCCAAGAGACUGGACAUUGCAAUAGAUGUUGCCCACUCGAUCACAUACUUACAUACAUACACAGAUCACCCAAUUAUCCACAGAGACAUCAAGUCAUCUAAUAUUCUUCUCACUGAACACCUCCGAGCUAAGGUCGCCGACUUUGGUUUUGCCAGGCUUGCUGCUGAUAGUGAGUCUGGAGCCACACACGUUUCUACCCAAGUCAAAGGAACUGCUGGCUACUUGGACCCGGAAUAUCUUAAAACCUAUCAUCUUACUGAGAAGAGUGACGUUUACUCGUUUGGGGUAUUGCUCGUCGAGCUUGUCACAGGAAGGCGACCCAUUGAGCCUACACGUGAACUCAAUGAGCGAAUAACUGCUAGAUGGGCUAUGAGAAAAUUCACCGAAGGAGAUACAAUUAUGAUUCUGGAUCCACGGCUGGAAAGAUCUAUGGCGCAUGGUGCGAGUAUAGAAAGAAUUCUUGAAUUAGCUUUACAAUGCUUGGCUCCUCAUAGACAUAACCGGCCUGAGAUGAGGAAGUGUGCCGAGAUUCUCUGGAGCAUCCGCAAAGAUUUAUGAGAUUCAAACAACUGUCUACAAUACCACAUAUGAUGAUUCUUUUUUGUGUAUAUAUACUCCAAGCAGAUGGCAAGUUCUUAUACAGCAAGGAGAGUGCCUCUCUUCUAUAGGGAUGUUGAGCAAUGCAUGAAAAGUAAGGUGGCAAGGUUUCCUACACUACAUGGAUCCUUCUGGCACAUGUCUCUCCAUGUGUGGGCAAAGUGCUGUACACCACCCCAUCCCAAUGAUGUGGCUUGUUUUGAUGUAAUUUUCUGUUUUUAAUGGUUGUAUGAACUGUGUAGAGGUAUGCCAGUAAAGUUUCUUGAGGAAAUAGUUGGAUGGAAGGAUUGGAAGCACACAUUCUCCAUUUCUUCCUCUAAUAUUAGAUAUGUAUUUCAAAAGUGCUUUCUUGCAAAACAACUUCAUAAUAUCACCUGCAAUCAUUUGUGCUAAUGCAAUUUGUUCUUUCCUUAAAGUGCAACUCCAAAAUUUAUGUACCAGACAAGUCUCUGUUCACCGUUAUCACCAGCGCCCUCACUACCGUCCUUCUCUG